AUCAUGUGUGUGUGUAUAUAUAUAUAUAUAUAUAUAUAUAUACAACAUAAGGCAGGUGUUUAAUUACAUGAGAUUGUUAGAGAGAGAGAGGGAGAGAGAGAUGAGGAAGAAGAAGCAGUUGGGAAAGUAUGUAUGGGAUGUGAAGCAUAUGGUUGAGAGCAUCUUCAUCAUGUUCUUGAUCAUGGGAGCAUUAGCCACCAUAGCUUAUUAUUAUGUCAACAUCGAUCAUGAUCAGCCACAUCCAGCAGCUGUAUUCAAAUUCUACACACCUAAUCCUAAUACUACUUCUGCUUAUGAGUCAUUAGAUGGAUGUGAUUUGUUCUCUGGCAAAUGGGUUCAUGAUAACCAUUCAUACCCUCUCUACAAAGACUUGGAUUGCCCUUAUAUUUUUGGGGAUUUUGCUUGUGGACAAUAUGGCAGAAUGGAUUCCAACUAUCAACAAUGGAGAUGGCAACCCCAUGGAUGUACCCUUCCAAGGUUUGAUUCAAAAGAAGUUCUGGAGAGGUUGAGGGGUAAAAGGGUACUUUUUGUUGGGGAUUCAGUAAAUAGAAACCAAUGGGUUUCAAUGGUAUGUAUGCUUCAAACAGUCAUCCCUCUUGGAAGGAAGAAGAUGCAGAAAGUUCCCAAUGUAUCAAUGCUCACCUUCAAGGCACUUGAAUAUAAUGUUUCAAUAGACUUUUAUUGGGCUCCGCUCUUGGUGGAAUCGAAUGGUGACCAUCCCACGAAACAUAAGACAAAUGAUCGUAUAGUUCGAAUCAAAUCCAUAGAGCACCAUGCAAAAAAUUGGGUGAACGUCGAUGUACUAGUUUUUAACUCGUACCUUUGGUGGAGGACGCCUGCACUAAAGAUCUUAAAUGGAUCAUCUGAAGAUUCCAAACAAUACAACAUAGUCGAUAAUCAUCGUGGCUAUAGGAUGGUUAUGAAAACAUGGUCUGAUUGGUUAUAUACUCAUAUCAACCAUACGAGGACUCAAUCAUAUUUCAUUAGUAUGACCGCAACCCAUCAUAGGGGCGUAGAAUGGGGCAGCAAAAGUGAUGAAAACUGUUUAAAUGAAACAGAGCCAAUAACAAAAGAUGACUUUUGGGAGAGUGGGUCCGAUUUGAAAAUGUUUAAAAUAUUAGAGUCUUCGCUAAACAAGUUGAAAGCAAAAGGGGUAAAAGUGCAAUUGAUUAAUAUUACACAACUAACACAAUAUCGGAAAGACGCGCACCCUUCGAUUUAUAGGUUGCACUAUUCUCCAUUAACGAACACACAAUUGUCCAACCCCUCAAGUUAUGCAGAUUGUACACAUUGGUGCCUUCCCGGUGUCCCAGAUGUUUGGAAUGAGCUACUUUUAACUUACAUUCUUCGAAAACAUAAAUAAGUUAACUUUUAUAGACCAUUGAACUUAUUGAGGCCUAAAUAUUUGUUACUAUGAAGUGUAAAUUUGUUUAUUUUUUUAUUACAUUAAAUGUAGUUAAGAUUUUUUUGUUCAUAAGGCUAUGAACGUCCCUCCUUUUUCCUUGUCUA